AUGUCUCAUUUUGUAGAUGUAGGACAAAAAAAACAAUAUAUAUCACCUCACCGCGUUACAACAGAAAGACAACGUUUACGAAAUAUUGCCGCAAUUUUGGAAAUACCUCAAAAUGAUUUAUACACAUAUGCGUUAUAUUCGAUUGAUGAUGAAACACUGACAAAGCUCAAGAAAGAGAAGGAGCUUACGUUAAAGCAGCUUCAUGAAACACCUCUUGUGCUAGAUGAUUCACAAACACCCAAUGAAUAUGUAUUAAACAGUAAUGAUGCUCAAAAUGUCAGUAUAAAGACUGAUGUUACUGAAUCAACACUACAACCAAUAAAAAUAGAAAAUGAAUCCGAUACUGAAACAACACCAUCGAGAUCCAUUUUAAAGUUUCCAGAACGUGCUUCUGCAUUACCUCUACGACCGCUUUCAACCAUAAAAAGUGUUUCACACGCAUCAAGAAAAUUUUCUAGACAAAGUUCUCUCGUUCGAAGAAAUCUUAGUGGUCAAAUAAUACCAACAGACAAUAAAAUAAAACCGCGUUCUUCAAUUAUCGUUCCAAACACAACAAUCGAUACAAUACGCACCAAGACGAAAACGAAAACAGAUGAAAUCAUUCAAGGAGAAUAUGAAGAAGAGGGAUUCGAAGAAAGUGAAUAUGAAGAGUUUGCAGAGGAAGAAGAAAAUGAAACAGAUGAUAAAAAGAGAAUUGAUCUUGUGUCAGCUGUACACGUUGUUCAAAGUUUUCUAGUCACUUCGGGAAUAGCAGCUUGGUGGAAACACUUGACUCCACGAAAAAAAUGUUGGUUUAGCAUUUUAUUCACAGUUUUUGCUCUUCUGCUACUUAGUGUUUUGGCUUUUAUUAUUUAUUGGAGAGGACCAGGAAAAUUACUAGAAGAUUUACAGGAUGCGUCAAAUUACUUAAAUCCAACGAGUGCUGAAGGUGGUUUAGGAAAUGAAGCCAUUGAGACCUUGCCAUCGCUAAGAAUUCUAACAAAUGAUGAUUGUGAUACAUUUUCAUGUGGUGAGCAUGGACACUGUAUAAAUACGACAUUAUUUAAAUGUCAGUGUCAAAUACCGUAUAUAGGUGCUGUAUGUUCGAACGUAUUGACAAAUGAUGAUUAUAAAAUAAUCUCCUGUUCGUUCUCUACUGAAUGGAAAACUCUUCUUAUAUCAUUUAACGAUGGUAAUAAUUCAACAUCAUUUCUUCGCACAAAUAUGGAUACUAGUCUCGUUGAUAUUUAUCCAUUAUCAACAAGCACUUUCAACUCGUCUAAUGUUAUGUUUACUGCCACUGAUAAUGAUAACAAUAAUUUAUUUAUUCUCAUUUAUAAAACAUUAAAAAUGUGCAUAUAUUCUUUAAAAACAUUUUCAUUGAUUAUAUGUCUCGAUAUAUCACCUUAUGUUGACUAUGUCGAUUCUGUUUUACUCUCAUUCGAAGAAAUAUAUAUUGUUGCCACUCAGAAUAAAACUAAAAAAUGUCAAAAACAAAUUCUUGUAUUUAGUACAAAUGCUAAUUUUCUACGAACAAUAUUAAAAAAUGAUUGUAACAACGUAUUUGCUUAUCGCUUACUUAUUGAUUGGUACGAGUUUUUACAUAUAACAAAUGUCAAAGAACGACAAAUACAAUUUUAUACACGAUUUGGAGAUCGAUUAGAUAAUUUCAUUUAUAAUAAUAUGCCAAAUGAUUUAAUUGAAAUGAUACCAACAACAAAUUUAACGAUUUA